GCAUGAGGGACCCGGAGCGUCACUUGGACGAGUCGCCUCCGCCGAUGGGAAGUCCGAGCGAGCUGUCUGCGAUUGCCUCGAAGAUGAUGAAACACCCCAAGACGUUGACCCACGCCGCUCCCGACGACGACUCGUCGCUUCAUCCUGGCCACUUCAAGAGGAAAACCAACAAGCUGCCGACGCCAGUGUGGUUUGGUGACCCGUCGGCCGCGUCGGCCGCCGCCUCUGCGUCGACCCUUGCAGGUCAACUGACAAGUGAAGUGCAUGCGUUUGUCGCGUACACGAACACGGAGGUUGAGUCCGCACAGAAUUCGGUCCAGGACAGCAUCGCGCGGCUGAACGCAACCUUGGACAAGAAAUGGCCCGAGGCCGCGUGUCACGCGACGUGCUUUGGGUCGUUCGCGUCGGGUCUUUGGCUUCCUACCAGCGACGUGGACGUUGUCGUCCACGGCAUUCCUUCGACAGACUUGACGUCAACCCAAGAGGUCCUGGCCGCGCUGUUGUCGACCGAGCCAUGGGUGCGCCACGUGUCCGUGGUCGGGACCAAAGUCAUGGUGGUCAAAGUCAUCUUGAAGCACUGCGGACGUCGCAUGGACAUCGCGGUGGAGACGGCCGACACGCAGCAUGGCCUGGCCGCCACGGAGAUCGUGCGCGCCGCGGUGAUGUCGAUACCGGUCAUGCGGCCGCUGGUGCUCGUGCUCAAGACAUUUCUACGCGAAAAGGGGCUCAACAAUGCGUUCACGGGGGGGCUGAGCUCGUACGCGCUGGUGCUGCUGUGUUUGCACUACCUCUUGCACCGCCCCCACAACCGCGGCAUCGCGAGCUCGUCCAGUUCUGAAAGCGACGACGGCGACAACGACGUCGACGAGCACGACGAGGCCACUUGGAGUCGGUCGAGUACGAGCGCAAGGUGCGCCAAGGCCCGCUCGUCCUGGACGACCCCAUCCAUCCACACGACCGAGGCGUGUACAAUGUCGGCGCCGGCGCGUACGCCAUGGCCCGCGUGGUGACUGCGCUCGAGAACGCCUUCUACGCCACCACCUUCCACCACCCGUCCCGCUUUACGCCGACGCCCCUCAGUCAAAUGAUUCAUUGGUCGGGACCGGUACCUGCCGCCGUGUAGUAGCUCCGUAGCUAUCAACGUAUCGUGUUAAUAUGAAAACGAACCUCCA